AUGCAAGUCAAAUUUCUUAAACAAAUAUCUGAUUCUAUUACUGGCGAAGCACAAAUAUCAGCUAUUUGUUUUUCACCAAAUGGUCAAAAAUUUGCUAUAUGUAUUGAUCGUGUUGUACAAUUAUAUGAUGAAACAGGUGAAUUACGUGAUCGUUUUGCAACAAAACCAAUAGAUUCGAAAUAUGGUCGACAAUCUUAUGUUGUUACAGCAAUGGAUUUUUCACCUGAAAGCACACAAUUAGCUGUAGCACAAUCGGAUAAUAUUGUAUUUGUAUAUAAAUUAGGUGUUGAUUGGAAUGAAAAAAAAUCUAUUGUUGCUAAAUUUGUACAAUCAGCACAUGUUACAUCAUUACUAUGGUUACCUGAUGGACAAAUUAUAUUUGGUUUAGCUGAUGGAAAAAUACGUUCAGGAAAUGUUAAAAAAAAUAAAUCACAUACAUUAUUUACAGCUGAACAAUAUACUGUAGCAUUAACAACAAAUGUUUCACGUAAAGCUAUUUUAUCAGGUCAUGCUGAUGGAAGUAUUUGUCGAUUUAUAAUUGAAGAUGAAGGUACAGGUGAUAAAUCAGGUUUAGUUGUACGACAUUCAUGUCCACCAUGUGCACUUAUUUGGAGUGCACAUGGUAUACUUGUUGGAGGAUGUGAUCGACGUGUUGUAGUUUAUAGUAAAGAUGGUAAAAUUUUACAACAAUUUGAUUAUAGUCGAGAACCGCAGGAACGUGAAUUUAGUACUGGUAUUUGUAAUCCAACAGGUCAAGAAUGUGUUUUUGGUUCAUAUGAUCAUAUACGUCUUUAUUCAUAUCAACCAAGAAAAGGCAUGUUUGAUGAAGCACCAAUGAAAGAAAUUAAAAAUAUGUAUACAGUUACAGCAAUGGCUUGGCGUUCAGAUGGUGCACGUUUUGCUGUUGCUAAUUUAACUGGUGGUACAUUUUUAUUUAAUUGUUCAUUAAAAAAAUCGAGUAUGAAAGGAAAAUAUGCAAUUAAUUUUGUUUCAUUAUCUCAAGUACUUAUUGAAAAUAAAUCUACUGGAAAACGAACAGAUUUAGUAUCACGUAAUGGUUUUGAAAUAGUUGAUGUUAAAAUAAUGGGACGUGAUCGUUAUGCUGUUGGUUAUACAACUCAUACACUUUUAUUAGUUGAUUUAGAAGAUGAAAAACGUCGUUGUGAAGUACAUUGGCAAUCAGCUGGUGAUGAAAAAUUUUCAUUUGAUAAUGAAAAUGUUUGUAUGAUAUUUGCUAAUGGAGAAUUAACAUUAAUUGAAUAUACUCCUAGUGGAAGACAUGGUGAUAAUAUAUUAUGUUCUGUUCGAACAGAAUUUCUUAGUCCAAAUUUAAUUAGUGUACGUGUUGAAGAACGAAAUUUACAAGGAAAUAAAAAAAUGGCUUAUUUACUUGAUAGUCGUACAAUUGGAAUUGUUGAUUUAAUGUCAACAAGUGGUGCAGCUGUUAUUGAUCAAGUAAAUCAUGAUGCAAAUAUUAAUUGGUUAGCAUUAAAUGAAACCAGUCGAUAUUUAUUAUUUCGAGAUAAAAAUCUUAAAUUAUAUUUAUAUAAUCUUCUGACAAGAACAAAAACCUGUAUACUUUCAUUUUGUAUUUAUGCACAAUGGAUACCCGAUAGUGAUGUUGUUGUUGGUCAAUCUCAAGAUAAUUUAUCUGUUUGGUAUAAUAUUGAACAUCAUGAAUCUUGUGAUAUAAAACCAAUAAAAGGUGACGUUAUUGAAAUAAGUAAAGAUCCAUCAAAAAAUCGAACAUAUGUUAAAUUAAAUGAUAAUGGUGUUCAAUCAACAAUUGAACUUGAUUCAAAUAAAAUUGAAUUUAAUACAGCUAUUAAUGAUGAAGAUUUUCGUCGUGCUGUUGCUUAUUUAGAUGCAUGUGGUUCAUCAGAUGAAACAUCAAAUGCUUUAUGGGACACAUUAGCACGUUUAGCAUAUGAAAAACAAGAAUAUAUUAUAGCUGAACAAGCUUAUACAGCAACAAGACAAAUGGCUAAAGCACGUUUUCUUCAUUCAAUAAAUCAAUUAGCAAGAGAAAAAAAGGGUGCAUAUGAACAUUAUGAAGUUCGAGCCAAAUUAGCUAUAUUUGAACGACACUUAAAAACAGCUGAAUCAAUUUAUUUAGAAAAUGGUGAUGUUGAUAAAGCUAUUGAUAUGUAUCGUUCAAUGCAUCAUUGGGAUGAAGCUAUAGCUGUUGCUGAUCGUAAACGACAUCCACAAGCUGAUGAACUUCGUUCAACAUAUUAUAAAUGGUUAAUUGAUACAAAACAAGUUGCACGUGCUGCUGAUUGGAAAUUAAAACAACAUGAAGAUGAAGAAGCUAUUGCAUUAUAUAUGCAAGCAAAUUUACCAUCAAAAUCAGCACAAAUUCUUAUGCAAAGUCCACAAUUAAUGCGUGAUAGUGAUCUUGUUACACGUAUAGCUGUUAAUUUAGUUAAAGCAAAUAUGUGUGAAUUAGCUGGAGAUCUUUAUGAACAUGUACAAGAAUUUCCUAAAGCAUUAAGUUGUUAUGAAGCUGGAAAAUGUUUUCGUAAAGCUGUUAAAUUAGCACGUAAAACAACUCCAAAAGAUGUUGUUGCACUUGAAAGUAAAUGGGGUGAUUAUAUGGCUGAACAAAUGCAAUAUCUCGAAGCUGUAACACAUUUUAUUGAAGCAGGUGAAAAUAUGAAAGCUGUACAAGCAGCUAUACAUGGUCGUCAAUGGUCACGUGCAUUGGAAAUUCUUGAACAACAACGAGAUGAUAAUAAUCCAGAUGUUGCCAAAUAUUAUAAACAACUUGCUCAUCAUUUUGCUCAAGUUCAAGAAUUUGAUAAAGCUGAACGUUGCUAUUUGAAAGCACAAUGUCCAGGUGAAAGUGUUGAAAUGUAUAAUCGUGCUGCAAAAUGGGAACAAGCAUUCCGUCUUGCAAAACAAUAUAUGAAUAAAGAUGAAGUUACAAAAUUAUAUUCUAGUCAAGCUAAAGAACUUGAAGCUAAAGGACGUUAUAAAGAAGCUGAAAAAUUAUACAUUACAAUUAAUGAUAAUGCAGCAGCUAUUCUUAUGUAUAAACGUACGAAAAAUUAUGAUGCUUUAAUACGUCUUGUUCGUCAAUAUUAUCCAGAUAAAAUGAAAGAUACUGAAAUAACAAUUGCUAAAGAACUUGAACAAGAAAAACGAUAUAAAGAAGCUGAAAUACAUUAUGUUCAAGCUGGUGAUUGGAAAUCAGCUGCAAAUAUGUAUCGUUUAUUAGAUAAUUGGGAUGAUGCAUAUCGUAUUGCACGACAACAUGGAGGUCCAGUUCCAGCUCAACAAGUAGCAUUCUUCUGGGCGAAAAAAUUAGGCGGUGAUGCAGGUGUUAAACUUCUUAAUAAAUUAGGUCAUGCUGAACA